AUGAAGUUUGGUACGACCUUGCAAAAUGAGAUUUUUCCACCAUGGCGGCUCUCGUAUAUCCAAUACGACAUGCUCAAAAUGGAGCUCAAGCAACGUCAGAUGGACCACGGAUGGUCAGAAGCAGACGAACAAGACUUUUCUGCUAUGCUGGACAACGAGUUGAAAAAAGUGUACGAUUUUGUUACAGCCAAGCUAGGUGAAGCAGAAGCACGGAUUUGCUAUUGCGAACGAACAGUCAAAUCAUUCAUGUCCAAUCAACGUUGGGCGUCCGAACAGAGCUGGCAAAUCAUGGACGAUGCAUUGACCGAAGUCUUGUUCGACAUCAACGACUUGUCCAAGUUCACGCGGAUCAACUAUACUGGCUUCUUAAAGAUGGUGAAAAAACACGACAAGUGGACAAAUCUGGAUUUGAAAACGCAUUUCGUCGAGAAAUUGCGCGAGUGGCCUUUGGAUAACCAGCGGUUCGACGUGGCGAUUGUCUUUAUUUCCGCAUUGCAUGAUAUCUGUCGUCGACGGGGUAAACCAAGAACGGGUAAUGCAGCAGCCGGUGGUGACCAGAACGCAUUUGAGCGAGCAACGUCCAAAUACUGGAUUCAUCCGGAUAACGUCACUGAAGUCCAAUCGAUUAUCCUGUUGCAUCUGCCAGUGUUGAUCUUCAACAAGGAAAAAGAAUAUGAAAGCACAGACUCGGCCAUCUCGUCAGUGUAUUUUGAUAACGAAGAUUUCGAGUUGUAUACCGGUCGGUUGCAGCGGGAUGAAAGCGCAGAGGCAAUCCGGUUUCGGUGGUACGGUCCAAGUGAUAAAGGCAGCGUGUUUAUCGAGCGCAAGACACAUCAUGCACCAUGGUUGAACGGUGUCUCUAUCAAGGAUCGCUUUCGAUUAGAUGCAAGCGACGUGUCCAAGUUUAUAUCGGGCGAGCUGACGCCUGAUGAAAUUGCACGACGGCUAGAAGCUGAUGGCGCGGAUGAAGAAUCUGUCAAACAGAGUCAUUUUGUUGCCACUGGUAUUCAAAAGUCGUUCAAGGAAAAAGAUUUGCACCCCAUGUGCCGUGUGUUUUACGACCGGACAGCGUUCCAACUUCCUGGCGACCAGCGUGUACGUAUUUCCAUUGACACAAACCUGACGUUUAUACGCGAAGACAGUCUGGACGGCAAGCAGCGGCGCAAACCGGACGAAUGGCACCGAGACGACGUGGGUGUAAAGUAUCCAUUCAACAACUUGCCCGAAGAGGAUGUACUCCGAUUUCCCUAUGCUGUUCUAGAGGCCAAAAUCCAAACCCAUCUUGGUCAACAAGCGCCAGAAUGGUUGGACAAGUUGCUGCAAUCACAUUUGGUGCACGAAGUGCCCAAAUUCUCAAAGUAUCUUCAUGGCGCCUCGUAUCUCUAUCGCAACCAUAUCCCGUUGCUACCUUGGUGGUUGUCGGAGAUGGAGGUGGAUAUUCGCAAGCCGAGAGAAACCAACUUUGGCUUGAGUCGGUCCGGCUCAUACAAACCCUUGAUCGAUGGCCAGUAUCAGCGUGCUAUGGCGACAGAGGAGCGGCGUAUCGGCAUGGUUGCA